CAGAAAAAUAGCCCAUUAAAAUGUCUGCCAUCUACAAAGCGUUGCAGUCGAAGUCUUCCAAAGAGUCAGGCGAAAAGACCAAGCACAUAAAUAGACAGAGAUUGCUUGUGAUAUCUUCCAGAGGAGUAACAUACAGACAUCGUCAUUUGAUUUCUGAUUUACUUGCACUUCUUCCACAUGCCAGAAAGGAACCAAAGUUCGACUCCAAGAAGAACCUUUACCAACUUAAUGAGGUCGCAGAAUUGUACAACUGUAACAAUAUUGCCUUUUUCGAGGCCAGAAAGCACCAGGACUUGUAUCUCUGGCUCACCAAGCCACCUAAUGGCCCAACGGUUAAAUUUCAUGUCCAAAACUUGCAUACAUUAGACGAAUUGAACUUCACUGGAAACUGUCUCAAGGGAUCGAGACCAGUGUUGAGUUUCGACAAGUCGUUCUUGGAAAACGACCACUACAGAUUGUUGAAGGAAUUGUUCACCCAUACCUUCGGAGUUCCUCCUAAUGCCAGAAAGUCCAAGCCUUUCGUCGACCAUGUGAUGACCUUUUCUAUAGUCGACAACAAGAUAUGGAUCAGAAACUACCAAAUAAACGAGACUCUUGAUGCCAAAGACAGCGAGAGUGGUGAAGUCAACGCCGAAGAGUUGAACUUGGUGGAAAUCGGACCCAGAUUCGUACUUACUUUGAUUACCAUCUUAGAAGGAUCCUUUGGAGGACCAAAGAUUUACGAAAACAAGGAAUACGUGUCGCCCAACUUCGUCAGAGCCCAAUUGAAGCAGAAGGCUGCUGACCAGGCCAAGGCCAGAGCCGAGGCCGCUUUGGACAGAAAGGUCAAGAAGAGAAACCAGGUGUUGAAGGCUGAUCCUUUGUCGAACGAUGCCUUGUUCAAGUAGUGUAGCAUAGUAAUAGAUAUUAGGAUUUUC